GCGGCGGCGGAUUUAAUUUGGCGGGAAGUGUGAUUGAAUGCGGAGUGUGUAACAGUGAAAUGGACAAUUCUGCAAAAGAUAACACGGAAAUCUAUAAUGACCUCCCAGACUGCCCAGCUGAUCUUCGUGUCGAGUUCCCUUUUCCUUUCAAACCAUAUGACAUACAAGUAGAUUUUAUGCGCAACUUGUACAAGACAUUAGAACUUGGCAAGAUAGGAAUUUUUGAAAGUCCAACAGGCACUGGAAAGUCGUUAAGUUUGAUAUGUGCUUCACUCGCUUGGCUGAGAGACCAUGAGGAGAAGAAAGCCACACAUCUGCAGGAGCUAUUGGACGUGGAAUCAGCGACUACACUCAGCAGUUCUAAUGGUGAUGUGAAAGCAGAUACUGCUGAUGAGCCAGACUGGCUAAGAGACUUUGAAACUAAUAACGAGCAGAAUGAGAAAAUCAGAAAACUCAAGGAGGAGCUGGAAAAGAAAACCAGGAGACAGGAGCGGAUGAAACGCCUCAAAGAGUCUAACUAUCGUCGCAAGAAGGUACGAAGUUCCACAGAUGUAGAAUUCGACAAGCUGUUUAAAGAAGCCCCUGAAAAGGUGAAGCAUGCCGGGUCAGCUUCAGACAUGUAUGACAGCACUGAUCACGAAGAUGACAGUGAUUUUGUCCUUGGCGACUACCAAAGCGAUGAAGAAAUUACAUCAAGAGGCUGCGACAGUUCCGACGAGGAAGAGGAAGAGCAUGUGACAAAAAUCUACUACUGCAGUCGGACUCAUUCACAGCUGUCACAGUUCGUACGUGAAGUACAGAAAAGCCCUUAUGGGGAUGAUACAGCUAUGGUCACACUGGGCUCUCGACAGAAUCUGUGUGUGAAUGAGUCUGUGCGAAGGCUGGCAUCUCUGAGCCUUAUGAAUGAACGAUGCCGAGAGCUGCAGAAAGCAAAGGUGUCAGCAGACUCGAAAGAAGAAGAGGACGGUGUCGUGGUAAAGAAGAGAAAAGUGAAAGCUGGCAGUUGUCCGUUCUACAAGUACUCACCCCUGCAGAACUAUAAGGACAUCGUCCAUGCAGAAGUUAAGGACAUUGAGCAGUUGGUGGACAUGGGCAAGAAGAUGAAGGCGUGUCCAUACUUUGGAACCCGGUACGCAAUUCCUGGAGCUCAGUUGGUGGCGCUACCGUACAACACACUUCUGCACAGGCAGACGCGUGAGGCAUGUGGAAUCAAGCUGGAAGGCAACGUUGUCAUCAUCGAUGAAGCUCACAACCUUCUCGAGACGAUCAGUAAUAUACACAGUAUGGAAGUCACUGGUGCCCAGGUGUCAGGUGCGCACUCGCAGCUCAGCCAGUAUCUGCAUCGCUACCAGAAACGCCUGCUCGCCAAAAACCUUCUCUACGUCCGUCAGAUACUCCACGUGCUACAGAGCUGCAUCAAGUACCUGGGUGGACGACCUGGGUGCGACCCCACCGUCACAUCGUCCGGCGAGGAAGAUACAAGUCUGGUUACGCUGAACGAGUUUCUGUUCGGAUGUGGUAUCGACAACAUGAACCUCUUCAAGCUGGUCAGGUACUGUGAGAAGAGUAUGAUUAGCAGGAAGCUGCAUGGCUUCGUAGAGAAGUACCAGCCUCCCGUCGUUCUGCAGAGUAGAGAGAAUACAGACAACCAGCUGUCGUCCGUCGGAACGUUUCUGCAGAAACUCGCGAAAAAGAAAGAUCCAGAAGAACGGGUGAAUAACGUUGUGCCUAGUAACGGGGAGACAGAGACCGUCAGGUUAUCCUCACCACUGGCGCAUAUUGAAGGUUUCCUGCAGGCUCUGACUAACUGCAACAAGGACGGCCGUAUCAUUGUCACACGACAAGAAACAGUAGCCAAGUCGGGUCUGAAGUUUCUCCUUCUGAAUCCAGCCGUGCACUUUAGCGACAUCGUGCGUCAGUGCCGCGCCGUCGUCCUUGCUGGCGGAACUAUGCAGCCGACAGCUGAGUUCAAGGAGCAGUUGUUCCUUGCGACCGGUGUUCCUGUCAGUCGCCUGCUGGAGUUCUCCUGUGGGCACGUGAUCCCGGAUGGCCAGCUGCUGCCUCUUACUCUGGCCAAGGGUCCGUCCGGUGCUGACCUUGAUUUUACUUUCAAAUCACGCAGCACCCCACAGAUGAUCGAUGAGCUUGGGCGUCUGCUGAUGAACGUGUGCAACGUCGUUCCUCGUGGAAUCGUCUGCUUCUUCCCAUCUUACAACUAUGAGAAACUUGCCUUCACUCAGUGGGAGGCGUCUGGCCUGCUGGCUCGCAUCAAUGCCAAGAAGGAGGUGUAUCGAGAGCCGAAGAAGGCAAACCAGGUUGAUCGAGUGUUGGCAGAUUAUGGAACUCGGAUCAAGGAGAGCGAGAAGUUUGGUAGUGUGCGGACAGGUGCCAUCCUGUUCUGUGUCGUAGGCGGCAAGAUGAGCGAGGGAAUCAACUUCUCCGAUGAUCUCGGCAGGUGCAUUGUGAUGGUUGGUCUACCUUUCCCUAACAUGUUCUCAGCUGAGCUCAAGGAAAAGAUGGACUACCUGAACAAGAAUGUGGCGACCGGCCCUGGUAAGCGACAGCCUGGGCAGAUAUACUAUGAGAACCUGUGCAUGAAAGCUGUCAACCAGUCAAUAGGACGGGCGAUUCGUCACCGUGACGACUCGGCCGCCAUCUUGCUGCUGGACCAGCGCUAUGCGCGUGCGUCGGUCGUUGCUGCGUUGCCGGGAUGGAUCGCUGAACACGUGAAGUGUCAUUCCCACUUUGCCUCUGCCUUCUCAUCACUGCGUAAGUUUUUUACCACGUCGAAACAUGGAAAUAAUUAACGCAAGCUGGUUGAGUAUCAGAAUCAACAUCACCAGUGUGCAAAAGCAGGUGGCCAGUUUUUCCAAUGGUAGGAGUAAUGUAAAGAAGUAAGACA